AUGAGUUUUCCAAAGGAUAAGCCGCGGGGCAAGAAACCCAAGCCCGAAAACCCAGUAUCCGCGGCUGCCAGGUCGUGGCUCAACUCACUGCCAACUCAAGCUCAGUUAUGGACCAACUCGGGAGAGUUGGAAACUCUGCUCAACCAGCAAACACCAAAGCGAUUCACAACAUACGAACCCAUGGUGCUGCUCCCCAGCGGGAGUUUCAGCAAGGGGCUCUGGCCCUCGCUCCUCAGCCACCCCGACGUCGGCGACGAGCAAACCCACCAGCUCUGGGAAGGAAUCCUUCAUGAAAUCUCCAAGACGGGCUCAAGCACCCUGACGCACCUCGCCGUGAACGAAGGGAUCCCUCUCCAAACGGAUUCAAAAUCGGGUGAUGAGGCUGGUGACAAGGGCGAGAACAUCCUCAGAACUCCCAGCGGGCUCAAGAUUCUCCAUGGAGACUUUGGCUCGUCUGUUAACCCGGUGACGCCCUCGACGGAUGACUUUGAGGCGGCGUUCUGGGUGUCGACCAAGCAGAACGGUAUCCUACAGACCUGGGCCCCUCGCUGGACAAUGUUCAGCCGAGGUAACAUUAAGGAGAAAACGCGCCUCCUCGAUUUUCACACACAUUCCACAAAUGAGGCCAUGUCUCACCGCCACAGGUCACUAACCAGCCUCGCGGAUUACUGGGCCGUCGACUUGUAUGCGGGGAUCGGAUACUUUACCUUCUCCUACGCGAAGCUAGGUAUGAGGGUGUUGUGCUGGGAGCUCAAUCCUUGGAGCGUCGAGGCUCUACGCCGCGGUGCUGUCGCCAAUGGCUGGCGGGUGAAGGUUGUUCAGGGAGCCGAGCUGCAGCUGCCUGCUGCGCAACUCCUAACGGGAGAUGAGCAGAUUGUCGUCUUCUUGCAGGAUAACCAGGAAGCUGUAAGCAGAAUAGCAGAUCUCCGUGCGUCAGGCACACCCGUCAAUAUCCUUCACGUCAAUGGCGGGCUGCUUCCGACUAGCGAGCCGACCUGGCGGCCAUCGUGGGAGAUGACGGCCGAAUGCGAAGAAGACUGCUGGCUGCACCCGCACGAAAAUGUUGGCAUCCACGAAAUCGAAGCCCGGCGGGAAGAGAUCCAGCGCCUUUACAACAGUUGGUCAGCUGCUUCGGAAAACAGACGAACCGCGACAGUGGAGCAUGUCGAGUUGGUCAAAACGUAUGCGCCUGACGUAUGGCACUGCGUCUUUGAUGUACAUAUUACAAGAUCUAAUAGUGAUACAUGA